AUGCUAGACCUUUUGAAACUGCUCAAGUCAGCCGGGUUUAAGCGGCUCUUGCUCGAGAAUCAAGAAGUGUUCGAGGAAUUGUCAGCAUCUGGAAGGACUCUCCCUUGCGAUUCCAUGUUUGAGCAAGCCGUUUUGCAAGACUUUUCUGCCCCGAUCUUGUGGUGCACUGCGAUGCUGGCGCUUUCAUACCAAGCUGGGUGCGAUUGGGUUCCCAGAACGGUUUGCCCUCGGAUCAGAUCGGACACCUGGCACAGUCGACUGUAG